AUGCGGUCGCCCUACCACUCGCAUCCUUACUGCUUUCGGCCUCGAGUGACUAGCAUUGGCCUUGUUUCAUGUAGGCACUCGUAUGCGAUGAUGCGCAAAGGACACCGGCGCCAACGCCCUGCUGGAGAUCCAUUGUUAUUACGGCACUGGGCACAGUCAAUACAAGGCAAUCGAUAUGCCCUGUCCCACGUUCGCAAUAUUGAAGGCACCGCGCACAUGUCGCACUGCUUCAGACAUGAUGCGUGGGCGCGCAAGUAUGAUAUGCCUGGCUCCUAUGCAGCUCCAGUAGUCAGGCCGUCAAGCCACACUGGGCAGCUGGGUCAAGCUACAAGGGCGUUGCGUUGUGCGGGACAUGGCCUCAUCGCUUUCCGCGCGCAGCCGUGCCCUAUUUCUGUGUCGCAGGGGCACGGGGAGAGGGAGAGCAACAGCAGCGACGCGGCCUCCUACGUACGAAGACGCCGUAGCCGUACGCCUAAGAAGGCGUGUUCUGCGUGGCAAAUUGUUCGACGCUAUGCUCCUGACGUUGAUGAAGAGGCGGGCGGAAGAACGGUAGUGGUAGUACCGAUACAUAGUUCUAUGACUGGCCGGCUGUCUUUGGGUUCCUUGGGCUGCCUAGCUCUCGACCGCACCGUCAUCGGCGCGAAUCAGCAUGCAUGGUCUUCUGUGCAGGGCAGGAGAACGAGAAAUGGUCAUGCACGAGAAAUGAUGAUGCUCAUGCCAUGCCAUGCUAUGCUAUGCUAUGCACGCGUCAGCUGGACGAGCAAACGCACUCUAUUUCUGCUUACCUGGCUUCCACGAGUGCAGGCGUUCGGCUCACAAUCAGCGUGGAUCAUCAUGCUUCUCUUGCCCCGAUGCUUCUUCUCCAUCUUCAACGAUAAGAGAUUAACACCAGAUCAAUAUACUACCCACGGCGCAAAAGCAUUCUCAAUGAAUGGCAUGGCUGCAUCUCCCGCCCGUCUGUUACACACGGCCUUCUCAAAUCCAAGAGCCCUUCUUCUUCUCAUUGGCUCCUCGUCGUCUUCGGCUUCAUACGCAAGAUCUGAGCCGACCACAUCGGUACCAAGAGAACGGGUAGAUGACAGGGACAGGUUGACGGAUUUCCUGUUCCUGCCACCACCACGAGCUCUCUUCGCAGACGCGGGGUUCCGGAUGUCAGGUCAGGCCACACAACGCGGACUGCUGUCGCACCACACAAGAACCAUCGUCAUGUCAAAGUACUUCCACAGCGCCCCCGCUAGACCUCCUGGCAGCCGUCAGUCGGCCACGCCGUUCAUGAAAGGUCGGGACUUGGUCGCGGGCUUAAGCCACAGCGCUAAGAUCCAUUGUGACCGUAGACCACGCCUUGGCACCAAUGCAAUGUCUGUAUCUGGAGAAUACCAACCACCCUCAUCGUCAAAGCCAGAGUACAACCAGACACCCUUCUGUCAACCAGCAGUAUCCCUCGAUAUCAUGGUACUACGCACUCCUACACGUAGUUUCUUGAAGGAAUCGCUGCGCUGUGACUUGCGGGUUGCUGCAUGCACAGCAACAGAUGAGAGCAUCCAUGCCUUCCACUGCUACUGCUACUCACCGCCUCGAAGUAGCAAUGACGAGAGCAGUUGUCUCACUGCUAGCGUGGGUGACCUUUCAACAAAAGUCUACAGCCCCCAUGUGAAGCUUCAACUGCCGUGUGGUGUGCGAGCCACCACAACAACACCGGAGUCCGUAGCUCGCGACCAUGCUCAUGAUUGA